GACAAAAGCCACACACAAUAAUAAUUGCGGCGUAUGUCCAACGAGGCUUUUGCGCGGCCCCCCAGAGCUAGUCUAUACCCAAACACUCAGGUCCUCCUCGCAGUCCUUAGCUGUCCUCAGUCGGCGACUUUCACUCGACGCUGGCGCACAUUGUAUACUUAUUCUACUUCAUCCGCGUGUUUUUUUGUUGUUGUCAAAGUGCACAAGGAUAAUUAAACGAUAAUAUGAAUUAUACAAUGAGAAAAAUGUAACGACAGUGAGAAAACACGAUAUACAUGCAUCGGUUGACAAAUGCCUUGCUCCGGAGUGGUGCACUCGUCAGUUGUAGAAGUCGUUGGUCAAGUAGAUCCUGGAGCCAGUGACGGAUGCAGCAUCAUCAUCGGCAGGAGAAGUCGUCGAGCUGCUGAUGCCUCGGGGAGAUGCCGUGGCUGUACGAGUGCAGUCCUUUUUUCGCAAAAAGCGUAGCGAGCCCGGCUGACGCGCGUUUAAACCGCCCCGGCCCCGGAGAUGCGGUCGUCGUCACGCGGAAGGGACCACCAGCAGCGGCCGAGUGCCAACAACAAUGCAGCCACCACUAGCCCGUUACCCAUGCGGCCGUUCACGCCGCCGGACCUCUCCUCGAUUCCCCACAUGGACGAGGCCGUCCAGCAAUUGGGCGACAGGUCGCAUCACCGCAACGGCGAGCCCCGGCCGUCGAGCGAGGGGCCUUACAUAGUCGGCAGUCCCAUCGAUCUCGGGGCCGUCGAUAACGUUGACGCUAUCCACUUGCGGCUCGGGCCCUUUGCCACCCACAAACGCUCGGCGUCAUCGGCUUCGUUUCGGCAGCGCAAAAACAAGGGCGACUUGCAGCACAUCGAACUCACCGAGGCCGCGGACGUUCGGUCGCCCACUUCAGGUACUGGUCGAGCAGCGGAAAACGGCGGCUCAUCGGUUGACCAGUCGACGGGCAAUCCGGGAGAUCAGCAGGACGAGCGCGUCGUCUUCAUCAACGCCACCCCCCAGCCGGCGACCUACAGAAACAACCACAUAUCCACGGCCAAGUACUCGGUCCUGUCCUUCCUGCCGUCCUUCUUCUUCGAGCAGUUUCGACGCUACAGCAACUGCUUCUUUCUCUUCAUCGCGCUCAUGCAGCAAAUACCCGAUGUCUCGCCAACGGGAAAAUGGACGACCCUCGUGCCCCUCAUCUUCAUUCUCAGCGUGUCGGCGCUCAAAGAGAUAGUCGAGGAUGUGAAAAGGCACAGAGCAGACGAUGAAACGAACAAGCGCGAGGUGGAGGUUCUGCGUGACGGUAGCUGGCAGUGGGUGCAGUGGCAAUUGGUGACGGUCGGCGACGUCGUCAAGGUCCACAACAACAACUUUUUCCCGGCGGAUCUGAUCCUGCUGUCGUCCUCGGAGCCCCAGUCGAUGUCGUUCAUUGAAACGGCGAACCUCGACGGCGAGACCAAUCUCAAGAUCCGCCAGGCGCACCCGGACACCGCGGAUCUCCUCGACACCGCCAAACUCAUGGGUUUCCGCGCCAACAUCCAGUGCGAGCCCCCGAAUCGCCACCUCUACGAAUUCAAUGGCAUCCUCCGCGAGACCAACAAGCCCAGCGUGCCCUUGGGCCCGGACCAGUUGCUUUUACGCGGAGCCAUGCUACGCAACACGCGCUGGGUGUUCGGGGUCGUCAUCUACACGGGACACGACACGAAACUCAUGCAGAACAACAUGACCACCGCGCCCCUCAAACGCUCGACCCUCGAUCGGCUCAUUAACACCCAGAUCCUCAUGCUGUUCUUCAUACUGUUGAUGCUCUGCCUCGUCUUUGCCAUUUUCAACGUUUUGUGGACCAAUGCCAAUAUUAACGGGCUCUGGUACCUGGGUCUCGACGAGGUGCAGGCCAAGAAUUUCCUGUUCAACCUGCUGACCUUCAUCAUCCUGUUCAACAAUCUGAUACCCAUAUCGCUGCAAGUGACUUUGGAAGUCGUUCGCUACGUGCAGGCGACCUUCAUCAACAUGGACAUCGAGAUGUACCACGCCGAGUCCAACACACCGGCCAUGGCGCGCACGAGCAAUUUGAACGAGGAGCUUGGCAUGGUCAGCUACGUAUUUACCGACAAAACGGGCACGCUCACCCGCAACGUUAUGGAGUUCAAGCGUUGCACGAUAGCAGGAAAGGUGUACGAUUUGCCGGUACAGUCGAUGGAGGGUGACCUCGGUGACGUGGACUGCGAGCUGAUCCAGGACAUAAUCCAAGGUCGCAACCAGAACGCGCCCCAGAGUUCGAACAACAAGCGAGCCAAGUUAUCGGCUAUCUUGCACGAGUUCAUGGUCAUGCUGUCGGUCUGCCAUACUGUCAUACCGGAGAAGGUGGACGACAACAUCAUCUACCACGCGGCUUCCCCGGACGAGCGAGCACUGGUCGAUGGGGCCAAGAGGUUUGGCUACGUCUUCGACUCGCGGACGCCGCAUUACGUCGAGGUCCAAGCGCUGGGUGAACGCGAGAGGUACGAGAUAUUGAACGUCAUCGAAUUUACGUCGGCGCGCAAGAGGAUGUCCGUGCUCGUGCGCAUGCCGAACGGGCGGAUCAAGAUUUUUUGCAAGGGCGCCGAUUCCGUUGUGUACGAGAGGCUGCUCGAGGAGUCCCAGGAGGAACGAGCUGACAGUUUGGGACUCGAUAAUUACAGGGAGACGACACUCCAGCACUUGGAGUCUUUCGCCUCCGAGGGUCUCAGGACGCUGUGUUUUGCUUCUGCUGACAUUCCCGAGGAACGAUACAACUGGUGGAAGAGCAUCUACGAUAAGGCGGCUACGAAUUUGACGAAUCGAGAAGAGAAGAUUGAAGAGGCCGCGAACCUCAUCGAAACCAAUCUCACGCUACUGGGCGCCACUGCUAUCGAGGACCAGUUACAGGAUCAAGUUCCAGAGACGAUAGAAGCCCUCAUACAGGCAGACAUCAACGUUUGGGUACUGACUGGUGAUAAGCAGGAGACAGCCAUCAAUAUUGGCUACUCGUGCAGACUGAUUACCCAUCCCAUGCCUUUAAUCAUUAUAAACGAGGGCUCGUUGGACAAAACGAGGGAAGUGAUAAUUCAGCGGUGUCUGGAUUUUGGUCAAGAUUUACGGUGCCAAAACGACGUUGGACUCGUCAUUGACGGAAACAGUUUAAAAUACGCUUUAUCCUGUGAUCUCAGACGAGACUUUUUAGAUUUAUGCACUUCGUGCAAAGUUGUCAUUUGCUGCAGAGUAUCGCCAAUGCAAAAAGCAGAGGUUGUCGAUUUAGUCACGAGCAACACCAAAGCCGUGACUCUGGCUAUUGGCGAUGGCGCCAAUGACGUGGCCAUGAUUCAAAAAGCGCACAUUGGUGUCGGUAUAUCGGGGGUCGAAGGUCUUCAAGCUGCGUGUGCCUCAGACUACUCGAUAGCUCAAUUUCGAUUCCUGAAGCGCUUACUAUUUGUUCAUGGUUCAUGGAACUACAGCAGAAUGUGCAAACUAAUUUUGUAUUCCUUUUAUAAGAAUAUCUGCCUCUACGUUAUCGAAUUGUGGUUUGCUAUUUACUCUGGCUGGUCCGGGCAAAUUUUAUUUGAGAGGUGGUCCAUUGGUUUGUACAACGUUGUAUUUACGGCAGCUCCACCUUUAGCAAUAGGUCUCUUCGAUAAGGUGUGUUCGUCCGAAACGCAUUUAGCUUAUCCCAGUUUAUACGCCGCGAAAAAUGCCACAGAGUCUACGUUUAACAUUAAGGUAUUUUGGGUUUGGAUAUUCAACGCGCUACUUCAUUCGGCACUUCUUUACUGGCUGUCGUUGUUUGCCCUCAAGCACGAUGUUAUUUGGGACAAUGGCCGGGAUGGUGGCUACCUUGUUCUAGGAAAUACAGUUUACACGUACGUAAUAGUGACGGUGUGCGCGAAAGCUGGUCUCAUCACCAACUCUUGGACAUGGGUGACUCACUUAGCAACAUGGGGAUCCAUUAUGCUGUGGUUCAUUUUCAUCUGUAUCUACAGUAAUGUCUGGCCUUACCUGAAUGUUGGAGCUGUGAUGCUGGGCAACGAUAAAAUGAUAUUCACAUCACUUGUCUUUUGGUCGGGACUCGUGCUCAUUCCGUUUAUUGUUUUAUUGCCAGACUUGAUUGUUAAAGCUGUAAAAAAUACAGUGUGGAAAUCAAUCACUGAGGCUGCUAGAGAGCAAGAGAUUCGAAAGUCCGACCCUGGCAAUCUUUUCCACGCACAAGAUUACAGGAGCUCUUCGGUGCAUGCCAUCGUCGAUAUAGCGAGGUGUAAGUACUCACCAGUAGACAUUCUCUCUCUCUCUCUCUCUUUAUCUCUCACACAAUUCUAUCACUCUCAAUAUAUACUUACACUCUUGCAUUUUGCGAUUCACCAAAAUAUAUACACCCCCACGCAACAGCAAUACAAAAAUGAAGUUAUAUUACUCGUGGCGAGGCUGGCUUGUACAUUGCAAAAUAAAAACUAUACUCUGCUACAUCGCACACUCGCUAUCAAGAUACGAUCGAUUUUACGAAAAAAAACCAUGUUAAUAUAGAAUGUAAAAAUAAAAAGAAUCCUCUGAUAGUAAUUCUUCAGCGAGAAGAACAGUAAUGCACGAUCACGUUGCAUGUCACCAUAUUUUCAUAAAAAAUUGUUAUGUAUACUUUACAAUUGAAUGAAAAAAAAUAUGUACAUCUAUAUGCGAAAUUUUUGUUCCUUAAGAUUGCUGAGAGAACGUACGGAGUUGGGCACAUGUAAUUUUUAAACUUUUUAUUUACAGUGUUAUUUAUGCAAAAAAAUAAUAAAUAUAUAAUAAUUUUGACGAAAAAAAGGUCAUGAAUUUUGGAUGUCA